GAAAAAUUUUGCACAUUAUGGAGGUGUAAUCGAGCACAACUUCCAUUAAUUACGAUUAUUACACGACAGGGAAUAUUCAUAAUUCACUGAAUUUAUUUAUCGUUAUAAAAAAUUAAUCUACAUUUUUCCAAAAAGAUCGCACGAGUGUUUUUACACAUUCAAAGUAUUCAAAAUCAUUAACAAAGUUAAUUAAUCGAGAUGGAAGCGGACAAAUUUUCUGUUCAAAAGAUUCCGAUAGCAUUACUUUGCUCCAUAAUAAAUUUACAUAUUGCGGCAAAUCUUUGUGCAAAUCUCCCGAGAGUAUUUUUUCCAUUGGGCUUCUGAAGAGCCACUUGAUCCCCCUAUGCCGCAGUUGAGGGAUGUACUAUUGAUUCCCUUCGUCGAUACUAAUUUAAUAUUGCAAUUACAAAGACGAGUGGCUGGGAAUUUCAAGCAGUAAAUAAACUACAAGAGCUCAAGAGUUUAUGUCAUUUUUUUUUGUAUCAACAAUUUGCCUUCAAGUGAUUUUUACCGUCAUGUGGAAUUACGUUUUUGUUUCCGGAAUUGUUCUGUUAGUGUCUUUAUUAUAUCACUACAAUGUAGCACGACCAUCGAGUAUUAUCGAAUAUCCGGAAGAUCGGUACGACUAUAUAGUGGGUGAGAAACACAGUGCAUCGACACUCAGCCAAUUGAAUUUUUCACGGGAAAAACAUUAAUUGGUGCCGGGACUGCAGGAUGUGUGAUAGCUUCUCGGCUGUCCGAGCUACCGAAUAAAAGUGUACUUCUGAUUGAGGCUGGGGGCUACUUCAAUUGGCUCUCAACUAUCCCGCUCGCUGCACCACUAAUGCAGGGAACCGCUGUCGACUGGGCAUAUAAAACGGAAACUCAGUAUUAUGCGGCGAGGGGUUUUGUAAAACACCAAGCCUCUUGGCCCAGAGGUAAAGGCCUCGGGGGCAGUGGACAGAUGAAUUUUCUGGUUCACUCCUUCGGAAAACCAGAGGACUACAAGCAGUGGCCCACAGGCUGGUCCUACCAUAACUUGGCCCCAUAUUUCGAUAAAGUUUCGAGGAUUAUGGGGGUGCCAGGAAUUUCAGUGGAGGGAGACCUAGCAAAAUUAUUCACAGGACUCGAUACUUCGCAAUUCUAUGGGGAUGUCACAAUCGAAAAGGCGGAGAAUACUAUAAAGCGAGGAAAACGGUUUAGCACUUAUCACGCUUAUCUCCAGCCCGCUUGGAACCGAAAAAAUCUUCACAUUUUAUCGGAUACUCUGGUUGCAAAAAUUUUAUUUGACGACGAUAAAAAAAUUGUCGAUGGAAUAAAAGCUAAAUUCAGGGAUGGAUCACUAGGAAGGAUCGCGGCGAAUGAUGAAGUCAUUCUGUGCGCGGGAGCUGUGAACACACCCCAUUUAAUGAUGGUUUCAGGAGUUGGACCUUUCGAGGAACUCAGGCAAAACCGAAUACCUGUGAUUAAAAACCUCUCAGAAGUAGGAAAGAAUCUAUUUGACCACCUGAAUGUGCCUAUGUACGUUUCCCUGGAGGCCCCAGUGAGUAUUACCCUACGAAAAAUGCAAACACUCGCAGAAAUCAUGAAGUAUUUCGUCUUCGAGUCCGGAAUAUUGGCCACCAAUGGAGUGAUUGGUACAGCAUCUCGAGGAAACAGUGGAUUCGUACUGUUUGGAGUGGGAAGUCAAGAUGAAAAACUGUUAAAUGUUUCAAAUUACGAAACUGAGGUAUUUAGAAGUGUAUUCCCCUCGUACAAUAAUUCUGCUCAAGAAGGAGUUCUCAUCUUAGCGACCUGUCUGCAACCCCAAUCUCGAGGAAACAUAACUCUGAAUACUUACACGAUUCUGGACCCCCCUCGCAUCGACCCGGCGUAUUUAGAAAAUUCCGAAGACGUUCGUUGCACCCAAGACGCAAUUACCCUAGCUUUGGAUAUAAUAGAGACCGCAGACUUUCAGAAAUUAGGUCCCAAGGUCCACACUCCUGACAUUGAAGACUGUCAACAUUUACCACAAACUUACAGAAAUGAACAUUACUCGGAGUGCAUAAUGCGAUACUCCGCGGUAACUGCCUACCAUCCUGGAGGUAGUUGUAGAAUGGGAGAUGAUAGAGAAGCUGUCGUUGACAGGAGGUUACGGGUGAACGGUAUAAAAAAACUAAGAAUCGUUGAUGGGAGUAUCCUGCCCACUCCAAUAUCUGGAACGCCUAAUUCCGUGAUAAUUGCUAUAGCGGAGAGGGCGGCGGAUGUGAUCCUCAAUAUACCAUCAAAACAAUGA